AUGGGGGUGCCAUGGAUGACACUCGGUUGGGUUACGAGUCACACCCAGGCUAUGUGCAUAUCUUUCAAUGUGGAAUUACCUGACCAGCGAGCUAUGUGUUUGUUUGAUGGUUGUGUGCAACAAGAGACAGAGGUCUCGGCCCAAAGAAGGAAAGACGUGGAACUUCGAGAGAAGUUGAAAAAGUGCAAUGGGCACGUCGACGAGGACGUCACCAUUAUCAAUGGGGAAGAAUGUCACAAAUCGCACAUAAGCGAGUGCUAUCAUGACUCCAUUGGGACAUCUAUGCGCUUACAAGGUAGUCUAAGUGUGGAAGGACGAGGGCUUAAGAGCUAG